AGUCAGCUUCAUUGUUUGCAACAGGGAGAGUAGCAUCCACCUCUUAGAAGGUAUGGUGAGGACUAAAUGAGGUUUGAUCCUGCAGUGAGUCCGGCACAUAAUAGGGGCUUUACCCCCUUUAGAGGACAGUGGACACAUCUCCCGCAGGCCAUCCUCACCACCACCAUCUCUGUGGGAGUCAUGGGAACCAGAGGAGUCCUCAGUAAGAGGACAGUAAGAAUCCCUGUACAGAAACUGAAGGGUAGCCCAAGCCCUGGAAGUAAUGCUAGGAGUGACUGUAGUCCGUAAAUUACAGACAGAAAACAAAAACAGACUUGCCCUAACACUGUUAACAGUUACAUAGAGGAGGGCUUUGCUGCGAUCCAGGUGUUUGGGAAUGUGAAGUCAGCUGUCAGGCCCUGGCCUCAGCAUGGGAGCGAGCUGUGAUUGCCCCGGGAGUACAGCUUUGGUUUAAAGGCCUGUCCCAGCUUUUGGAGAUCAGGAUAGAACUGAUAAAAAUAGUUGGUGACCUAGAACACUGUAUCUUUUUAAAGGGAGUCGGGCAGCCUUGAUCAGUUGUUUUUAGAUACAGACGUUAAUCAUUAAAGCAAGGCCAAGCUCCACCGCUAAUAAGGGUGCUGGGUCAUGUAUUUGGCCUUGGAUAGGGGCGGUGUGUUUGGACGCCCUGGGGAAGCAAAUCUUACUAGAUGGCGUGGAAGCAGUUUUUCCCUUUAAGUGCAUUUUAUAAAAACCUAAUUAAUGACCAACAGUGAACAUGAAUGUAAGCUAUGAUGAUGUAGGUUUAUCAUCAUCUAUAAUAAUAAUCUAUAAUAAUAAAAGGGUAAUAGGAUAAUCAGACUGAACGUCAUUCCGGACAUCCUUCCUGAUGAAGCUGGGGCUGGAGGGAAGCCAGCCUUGUCCCAGGUGCCUGCAGGCGGCCCGAGGGAAGCAGCCAGGGUCCGAAUGCUUGCAGGCGGCCCCAGGGAAGCAGCCCAGGUCUGGGUGCCGGAAGGAGCUGGGGAAGGAAGGCUUACUCUUGCACGAAUGUCAUGCAUCGGGCCUCUCAUUUGUAAUAAAUGUGCUGCACUGGGGGGGAGUGUUGAUAAUGGGAAAGCCAUGCAUAUGUGGGGGCAGGUGGUUAUAUGGGAAAUCUCUCUAUCUUCCUCUUAAUUUUGUCUCGAACCUAAAACUUAUCUAAAAAGUAGUUUAUUGAAAAAUAUAUAAUUAACAGAGACUUGGACAUCAGUUACCUUCAGUUUAACAAUUUUAUUAGAAAAUAGUAAGAUUUAAUCGGAAUAUUAGGUUUGAAAUGAUGACUUUCCCUCAUUGUGGCUUCACGUUUUGCCCCGCACUGUCUAAGAAGGGCUGUUUAGAGGCACCUAGAGUCAGUCCAGUCCCUACGUGUAGGCCUCGCCCAGCAGGCUUUGUUUGUGUCUGUGGGAGGAGGCGGGGCCGUGGAGGGUGAUGUGGGCCGCACUCUGAGUGAGCUCAGUCUGUUUGUCUUGCUGCUGGAGGUGGAGGGCUUUAGGGCAGAUGCGGCUCUAAGGCAGAUGCCGUUCCCAGGUCACUUCCAACUCCUGCCACUGUUUGCCUCCCGCAGAGCGUCCUGUCGUGUGCAACCAAGGAGCCAAGGCCAGACACGCCAAUACAGACAGACGGAGGACGCUCUGGCCGCUGGGCCCUGCUGCCUCCCCCUUCUCCCUGUUGCUUGCCCCUGGAGGAUGAGCCCAGCCUUCAGGGCCAUGGACGUGGAGCCCCGCGCCAAGGGCGUCCUGCUGGAGCCCUUUAUCCACCAGGUCGGGGGGCACUCUUGUGUGCUCCGCUUCAACGAGACGACUCUGUGCAAGCCCCUGGUCCCGAGGGAGCACCAGUUCUACGAGACUCUCCCAGCUGAGAUGCGCAGAUUCACUCCCCAGUACAAAGGUGAGCCCCCGCUGCUGGUAGGGGUCGCCAGCGCCUGGCGAGGAGAUGUGAGGCGAGGAGAUAUGAGGCGUGGUGACCUCCGUGGCAGCCAUACCCAGAGCCUUCACCCCUCCCACUCACCCUGUGUUUUCCCUCCGCCUCCUCCUCCUCCUCUUGGCCCUCAGCCCAGCACCUCACACCCUCAGUUUUCAAGCCCUGGUGUGGUGUCUGUGUGCUUUGAUGAAGAUGAAGACAGAAACUUGUGCUUAAUAGCAUAUCCCUUAAAAGGGGACCACGGAGCCGUGGACAGUGUAGACAAUUCAGACUGUGAACCAAAAAGUAAGCUCCUAAGAUGGACAAACAAAAAACAUCAUGUCCUUGAAACAGAGAAGACCCCCAAGGACUGGGUGCGGCAGCACUGGAAGGAGGAGAAAAUGAAGAGCCAUAAGUUAGAAGAAGAAUUUGAGUGGCUCAAGAAAUCUGAAGUCUUGUACUACAGUGUAGAGAAAAAGGGGAAUGUAAGUUCCCAGCUUAAAUACUAUAACCCUUGGAGCAUGAAGUGUCACCAGCAACAGUUACAGAGAAUGAAGGAGAAUGCAAAGCAUCGGAACCAGUACAAAUUUAUCUUACUGGAGAACCUCACUUCCCGAUAUGAGGUACCUUGUGUCCUGGACCUCAAGAUGGGGACACGCCAGCAUGGUGACGAUGCUUCAGAGGAGAAGGCAGCCAACCAGAUCCGAAAAUGCCAGCAAAGCACCUCUGCGGUCAUUGGUGUGCGCCUGUGCGGCAUGCAGGUGUACCAGGCGGGCAGUGGGCAGCUCAUGUUCAUGAACAAGUACCACGGCCGGAAGCUGUCGGUGCAGGGCUUUAAGGAGGCGCUUUUCCAGUUCUUCCACAACGGGCGGUACCUGCGCCGCGAGCUCCUCGGCCCUGUGCUCAAGAAGCUGGCGGAGCUCAAGGCCGUGCUGGAGCGACAGGAGUCUUACCGGUUCUACUCCAGCUCCCUGCUCAUCAUCUACGAUGGCAAGGAGCGGCCGGAGGUGGCCCUGGACUCGGACGCGGAGGACUUGGAGGACCUGUCUGAGGAGUCCGCUGACGAGUCGGCGGGGGCCUACGCCUUCAAGCCCCUCAGCACCAGCUCCGUGGACGUGCGCAUGAUUGACUUUGCCCACACCACCUGCCGGCUGUACGGCGAGGACAGCGUCGUGCACGAGGGCCAGGAUGCUGGCUACAUCUUCGGGCUCCAGAGCCUGAUAGACAUUGUCACAGAGAUCACUGAGGAGAGUGGGGAGUGAGCUGGCCGACUGUACUGGUCCUUGACCCUCCGUGUCCCGGGCACAGCUGUGCUGCGUCCAGGAGGAAGCCAGUGUGGGCAGGGGGUGGCCUCUGCAGCCUGGAGCUGACCACAGAGGCCUCGAGUCCCGCCUGAGCCGGCCCCACCGCCCUCCGAGUCUAUUUAUUUUACUGUUUCUUCAACAUUCCAUGUUCGAUGAGCAGAUACCUCUCUUCCCUGAGUGUAACUGUCCUAAUACAGACCCUUUGUUCAUUGUACACAGUGCUGCUGUCAUUUUUUUAUUGAAUUUGUUGGGGUGACAUGGUUAAUAAAAUUAUAUAGAUUUCAGAUA